AUGCGUUUCUCAAUUUUGUCCCUAGCAGCCUUGACUGUCGCCAGUCAGGCUGUUGAAUCCCCUGAUCGCGCAAAUGCCGUCAAACAGGCUUUCCAGAUUGCAUGGGAGGGCUAUUAUGCCCAUGCUUUCCCCCAUGAUCAAUUGCACCCAGUGAACAAUGGCUACGAUGAUUUCUACGGCGGCUGGGGUGCCUCCGUAGUCGAUGCGCUCUCUACGGCAGCUAUCAUGGGUCAUAAGGACAUCGUCGACCAAAUUCUCGACCACAUUCCCAACAUCAACUUCGCAUACUCGAAUGAGACAACUAUCAGUCUGUUCGAAACCACGAUUCGUUACCUAGGUGGUCUCUUGGCUGGCUACGACCUGCUCUCCGGCCCAGCUGCAAGCCUCGUGUCCGACAAGAACAAGGUUGAUGCGCUAUUGUCGCAGGCUCAGGUUCUUGCUAAUACAUUGAGUUACGCUUUCGAAACGCCUUCUGGUGUGCCAUACAACAACCUGCUCAUCAACAAGCGCAGCAACGAUGGCUCAACGACUAAUGGCCUGGCUACUACAGGUUCCUUGGUGAUGGAGUGGACGCACUUGGCGGAUUUGACAGGCAACGCUACCUAUGCAAAAAUCGCCCAGAAGGCCGAAUCCUACCUGAUCCGCCCUCAGCCGCCUUGGGCUGAACCUUUCCCGGGUUUGGUUGGUAGUACGAUUGAUAUCGCAACCGGUGAAUUCAUGGACAACUAUGUCAGUUGGAACGGUGGAGACGACUCCUUUUACGAAUAUCUCAUCAAGUUCUUUAUCUAUGAUCCUAGCCGUUUCUCAGAAUAUCGUGAUGUUUGGCUGGCUGCUGCCAAGUCUACUCUCGAAAACCUGCUGUCGCAUCCUUCUCCUAAGCCGGAACUGACAUUCGUCAAUAUCUGGGACAAUGGAACAAUGAUCCCUACCAGCCAGCACUUGACUGGAUUCAUCGGUGGCAACUUCUUGUUGGCAGGUUCCGUUUUGGGUCGUAACGAUCUCAUCGAAGCCGGUCUGGCAUUCACAGACUCAUGGCAUGCAACUUACAACAGCACCGCAACCAUGAUUGGCCCUGAGGUGUUUGCUUGGGAUGAGACCGGCGUUCCAGCUCAACAAGCAACCUUUUACAAGGAGGCUGGCUUCUACAUCACGGCAGCCGACUAUGUCUUGAGACCAGAAGUCCUUGAAAGUUACUACUAUGCUUACCGCAUCACUGGUGAAACUAAGUACCAAGAUUGGGCCUGGGACGCCUUCCUUGCUAUCAAUUCUACAUGCCACAUAGGGUCCGGUUACUCCGGUAUUAAGGACGUCAAUGUUGCUGGAGGAGCUGGAUAUGACAACGAGCAAGAGAGUUUCUUCUUUGCUGAAGUCUUGAAAUAUUCCUACAUGAUUCACGCAGAGGAUGCCGACUGGCAGGUGAAGGCUGAUGGCUCGAACAAGUUCGUCUUCAACACCGAGGCGCACCCUUUCAAGAUUGUUGGAUAG